CCCCUAUCAGUUAGGCUUUGAUGUUCGCACAGACAGGCUCUUUACCGGUGCGUUCCGCUGCUAUAGGCUGCGCAUGAAUGGCACUCGCUAUUGGUUGCUGUGCUUACAUAUAGAGGAGCGUAGCGCGGGAUAAAGGUUGGCGCCUGCGGUUCAUAUUUUCCAACUUUUUACGGAAUGAAAUAUCUGUCGACCCGACUGUGAAUUUCACUCGGACAGCGACAGAGACAAAAUUAUGGAUUUAUGACGAACAGCAUGCCUUUUCUGAUAGAGUUGGAUUGACGAUUGACUAAUUUGAGCGUCCAUGCGUUUUAUAUUUUUUAGAUACGUGUUUUAUCCCUUAUUCUAGAGUUGAUGUCGUAGGACAAGUUUCGGACACCAAAAUGUGUUUAUUUCUUAUUUUCAUAUUAUCAACUUUAGAAAUAUGUCAGUCGCUGGCCCCUCGGAACGUUUAUACAAAUCAUUGGGCAGUGCGUAUUGCAGGGGGACAAGAAGAAGCGGAUAAACUUGCUGCAAAAUAUGGUUAUAAUAAUUAUGGACAGAUCGGGAGUCUGGAGGACCAUUACCAUUUCCACCACAGCAGAGUGGUGCGCAGAGCAGCUUUCUCCACUAGGGGCGCUCACUCCUUCAUCCAAAUGGACCCAAAGGUUGACUGGGUCCAACAGCAGCUAGUGAAGCAGAGAGUAAAGAGAUUCAUCAAAAGCGACACCAGAAGCCCUGACCCCAACUUUGUCCACUUCAACGACCCCAAAUGGUCCAACAUGUGGUAUAUUCACUGUACGGACAAGAAUAACCGCUGUCGGUCAGAGAUGAACAUUCUGGCAGCGUGGCAGAGAGGCUACACGGGCAAGAAUGUGGUGGUCACCAUCCUGGACGACGGCAUUGAGAAGAACCACCCUGACCUGGCACAGAACUAUGACCAGCUGGCGAGUUAUGAUGUCAACGGGAAUGACCAUGAUCCAACUCCUCGCUAUGACUCCAGCAACGAGAACAAACAUGGGACGCGGUGUGCCGGUGAAGUUGCAGCUGUGGCCAAUAACUCCCACUGCAUUGUGGGAAUUGCGUACAACGCACACAUUGGAGGUAUCCGUAUGCUGGAUGGUGAUGUGACAGAUGUAGUAGAGGCUAAGUCCCUUGGGAUCAGACCGGACUACAUAGACAUCUACAGCGCCAGCUGGGGACCUGACGACGAUGGAAAGACUGUUGACGGACCAGGGCCUCUGGCCAAACAAGCCUUCGAGAUGGGCAUUAAAAAGGGCCGGAAGGGUCUGGGAUCCAUCUUUGUUUGGGCGUCGGGGAACGGAGGUCGCCAGGGUGACCACUGUUCGUGUGACGGCUACACCAACAGCAUCUACACCAUCUCCAUCUCCAGCACCACAGAGAACGGCAACAAGCCCUGGUACCUGGAGGUCUGCUCCUCUACACUGGCCACCACCUACAGCAGCGGGGAGUUCUAUGACAGGAAGAUAGUGACCACAGACCUGCGGCAGCGCUGUACUGACGGCCACACUGGCACCUCUGUGUCGGCUCCCAUGGUGGCCGGGGUCAUCGCUCUCGCUCUGGAGGCCAACCCAUUGGUCAGCUGGAGAGAUGUCCAGCACCUGCUGGUCAAGACGUCCAGGCCUGUCCACCUGAAGGCCAACGACUGGAAGACCAACGCAGCCGGACACAGAGUGAGUCACCUAUAUGGCUUUGGGCUGGUGGAUGCGGAGGGUAUGGUGGUGGAGGCUAAGAAGUGGAGGAGUGUUCCUACCCAGCACACCUGUACUAGGAUGUCUGAACGACGUACCAGGUACAUCCGUGCAGACCAGAGCCUGAACAGCACCAUCACUAGCACAGGGUGUGCCGAGCAGGCGGAGCAGCAUGUCAGCUACGUGGAACAUGUGGUGGUCAGAGUACUGACUGUCCAUCCACGACGAGGAGAUCUGGAGAUCAACCUCAUAUCACCCUCAGGAACACGCUCACAGCUACUGGCCAAGAGGUUGUUUGAUAACUCUAAUGAAGGUUUUAGGAACUGGGAGUUCAUGACUGUUCACUGCUGGGGGGAGAGGGCAGAGGGCCAGUGGAUCCUGGAGAUCAUAGACUCUCCCUCAUCGCUACGCAACCCAGAGGUGCUGGGUAAACUAAAAGAGUGGACGCUGGUCCUUUAUGGCACCUCGGGGCACCCGUACCAGUCUCACGGGACCCAGCACUCUCGCUCCAGGAUGCUGGAGAUCCCAACACCCAGCCAGGACCCCAAAGGGCCCGAACCGGCCCCGGAGGUCGUCAAGCACCAGGAGGAGGAAGAGGAGGAGUACAGCGGGCCAUGUCACAGUGAGUGUGGGGACCAGGGCUGUGAUGGGCCAGAUCCUGACCACUGUCUGAACUGUAUCCACUACAGCCUGGGCAGCCUCAAGACAGGCAGGACGUGUGUGAGCCACUGUCCGCUGGGCUUCUACGAUGACUCAGAGGCCAGGAGGUGUCGACGCUGUCACAAGGGCUGUGAGAGGUGUGUGGGUCGCACCCCCACCGAGUGUCGCUCCUGUCGCAGGGGGCUCUACUUCAACCCCCUCAACGCUACCUGCUCUGAGACCUGCCCUGCCGGGUACUUCGCUGACGACAUUCAGAGGAAGUGUCUGAGGUGUCAUGAGAACUGUAUGAAGUGUCUGCGGGACUCAGACAGGUGUACCGCCUGUAACGAAGGCUACAGUCUGGCGGGGAUGACCUGUGUUCCGGAGUGUGCCAACGGAACCUUCUUUCAUCUGGAGCAGAUGAAGUGUAGUCCCUGUCACACCUCCUGCUCUACCUGCACAGGUCCAGCUAAGGAGGAGUGUAUCCAGUGUGCCAGAGGUCACCUGCAGCAGGAGUGGAGAUGCGUUCAGACCUGUGCCCCAGGAUACUACUCAACAGAGGAUGCUGGCUACCACCAGGGGAUGUGUCACAAGUGUGAGGAGAAUUGCCUGAGCUGCGAUGGCCCCGGGACGACCUGCGGCAAGUGCAAAGAUGGCUACAACCUCAUCAGCAGAACGUGCAUCCUGAAUGCAACCUGUAACAAUGCCGACGAGGUGUUCUGUGAGAUGGUAAAGUCCAACCGGCUGUGUGAAAAGAAGCUGUUUCGCCAGUUCUGCUGCAGAACCUGUCUGAUGACCGGAUGAGAACCCCAGAGAACCCGAAGUGUGGAACCUGGAGAGGAGCCCAGCGUGGAACCCACCACUUCCUCAUCCGCUGUACAUUUCCAAACUAGCUAAUGUCUGUGUUUGAAUUAAAAGAAAGAAUGAAUAGGCCUUCACCAGGGUUGGUGACCUCAACCCUGGAACACACACUAUUCCUCCCAUCAAUUUUACCCCGCAAAGGGUAGACUUGAUUUUCAUACAAUAUAUAUUUUAAAGUUGUCUGUUUUAUAAAAAACUACAUACAGUAUGUAACAUGUAUAAAAUGUUUAUUUUUUAUUCCAAGGCUGCAUCGUUGUAAAGUACGGUACUUUUUACGACUACACAUGUUAGUCGAUAAUUCUCUGAUUGAACCACUGUUUUUUGUAAGUGAAUCGGUCACCUAAAUAGUAUGAACUGGUUGAUAAAGAAACAGCAUCACUCAAAAUCGGGAUCGUAUUUAUAAGGCACCAGAUGGAAUAAGACAAACUGAAACAGGGAGGGACUACUUGAACUUGUUUUCGUUUUCUGUUGUGUGCCCUACCGAUUACAACCCGGAUCAACUUUUUCAUACUUAAGAUACAAACUUCCUCACAAAAAAAAGGUCUAUACUGUAUAAGGCUUUUAGCUUUUUAUAAAGAAAUGUGUAAAACAAUAAAAUACUGUAUACGGUUUUA